CAGCGCGUAAAUAAUCAUGACGUGAACGGUGAACAGCAGUUGCACUCUGCAUGAACUUGCUUGUUUUAGCCGAGCUUUGAAUCAUCAGUCAUAAACUGGGUAAUAAGACGGCUUACUAACUUGGAGCGAGAACCCUGGUGGUGGUUCUAGUGAGAUUAUUCGGUCAUUUCUGGCAAAAUAUUGCCUAAUUUUUUGUGCAUUCAUCGUGCGUGCCAGUGAAUUAGAAAAGUAUGACAUCAUCCGCGUCGUCGUCGUCCUCGUUCAAUCCGGCAGCUGCAAAUCCUAAUUUGCAGCUGCCUCCUCUAAGGAGUCUUGAUGAUUUCCUGCUGGGCUCAGCGCGCUUCCAACUGCCCAACCUGCGAGAUUUGGAGAAAUGGGGCAACCGGGUUGUGAAGAACCUCCUUUACUACCAAACCAAUUAUCUUCUGUGUUUCAUCGCAGUCUACGUCCUGAUGGCUCUACUGUAUCCUGCGAAAAUAUUCUGUGGGAUUCUCGUCAAGGCUUUGUUGAUUGUUGUUCUUGUUAAAUUCUUCCCGGAAAGGAGCACAUAUAAUCGGUGGUACUAUCUAGGUGGAAGUUUAUUUGUAGGAUAUGUUCUGUUGCUGUGGUACGACGCCUUACUGUUGUCGGCGUUCACCCUGCUAUUGCCGUUUGCAGUUACGUUUGUCCAUUCGUCCCUGCGUCUGCGAAAUAUUCGGAAUAAAGGGUUCAAUGUGCUGGAAACGUUCACCCCAUCGACACCCAUGGGAAUGUUCCUGGAUGCAAUGAAUAUCACCGUGGAGAAUAUUUUGAACUAACCCCGUAGUUGACUAAUUCAAUUUAUCUCUUGUUUGCUCAAUGAAUAAAGACUUAUUUACUUAUCCUUUUCUGCUAGCAAAUCGCGGUAAGUUGCACGUUUAUGUUGCGAUUGCUCUAUGCGGGAAAUUAUCUUUGAUAAGAAGUGAGCUUAGACAUUUAUGCUCCUACCAUUGUUAUAAUUUUGUGUUAAGUCAACUCUAUUAAAAUUGUCUCUCUGUAUA